UCAAAAUACAUGAACAUUUGAAGUUCUUGUGAUCAUAUGGAUGUUUCUCACUGUGAUUGAAAUAUGUGAUACGUUAAUUUAUUUACACUCGGAACUAAAACAAAUAGAUGCAUAACAUAUGUUUGUAUAUAGAUGUUUUUACACUUAACUAUGAUUAAUUAAAAUAUUUGUUAUAGAUUUUUGUUUCAUUCAAUGAUUUUAGUAUAAGAAGUUGACAGAUACUUAGUUCAUGAAUCCAAAGAUAACACAUCAAUAUGUAUUAAUACUUCAUCCAAAUUAAGAAAAGGUAUUGGAAGAAAAUAGAGAUGUUUUUAAUAAUAAUACAGUAAUUUUUAAAAUCGAAAAUCGAGAUUACCUGAGUGGAGUGGACAUUAGACAAACGUGAAGAUUGUGUAUACCAUAUAAAGGACAAGUCUUAUCAGUCCAAUUAUAUUAGGGGAGCCCCCAAAUGGAUUUUCUUUUAUGUACAACGAAAAAGAUUUCAUUUUUAUCAAUCUUUUUUGUGUUAUUGAUUAGGAUUACACAACAAUGGGGUUUGAGACAGACGAAGCAAGUUCAUCAACCCAUGUACCUGGAGAGGAUGUGCCAUUUUUGGGCCAAAAUCAACAACUUUCUUCUCCUUUAAAGACUUUUGCUAAUAUUUUCAUGUCUUUCGUUGGUGCAGGGGUUCUUGGACUUCCGUACACAUUCAAGAGAACAGGAUGGGUAAUGGGGUCUCUCUUGAUCAUCUCAAUAGCCACUCUUUCUUAUUACUGUAUGAUGCUUCUUGUUUAUUGUAGGCGUAAGCUUGAAUCCCAAUUUGAAGGUGCAAAAAUCUCAUCUUUUGGUGAUUUGGGAUUUGCUGUGUGUGGACCUAUUGGUCGUUUUGUUGUUGAUGUUAUGAUUGUUCUCUCCCAAGCAUGUUUUUCAGUUGGAUACAUGAUUUUCAUUGGUAAUACUUUAGUAUAUCUGUUUAAUUCUUCUGUCAUAGAAACAAAUCCCAGAAUCUUGGGAUUUUCACCUAAAUCGGUGUAUAUUUGGAGCUGUUUCCCCUUCCAGUUGGGGUUGAAUUCAAUUCCAACACUAACCCUUUUAGCCCCUUUGAGUAUUUUUGCUGAAAUUGUUGAUUUAGGAGCUUUGGGUGUAGUGAUGGUUGAAGAUGUGCUAAUUUACCUCAAGAAUAGGCCUAGUUUAGAAAUGUGUGGUGGAUUCAGUGUGUUUUUCUAUGGUCUUGGUGUGGCUGUUUUUGCUUUUGAAGGGAUGGGAAUGGUGUUGCCUCUGGAAUCUGAGACAAGAGACAAAAACAAAUUUGGGAAAAUAUUGGGUUUGUCAGUUGCCUUUGUAGCAUUUUUAUAUGGUGCUUUUGGAGCAUUGGGUUACUUUGCCUUUGGGGAAGAGACCAAGGAUAUAAUCACUACUAAUUUUCGACAGGGAUCGCUUAGCAGCCUGGUGCAGCUUGGCCUUUGCAUAAACCUCUUCUUGGCUUUCCCACUGAUGAUGAAUCCAGUUUAUGAAGUGAUGGAAAGGAGAUUCUAUGAAGGCAGAUACUGCUUGUGGUUGAGAUGGCUUGUGGUUUUGACAGUCUGUUGUGUGGCAUUGACAGUACCUAAUUUUGCUGAUUUCAUGUCAUUGGUUGGUAGCAGUGUGAGUGUUGUUUUGGGGUUUGUGUUGCCUGCUUUUUUUCACUUGAUUGUCUUUAAGGAUGAGCUGGGCUGGUAUAGUUUGGCUUUGGAUGCUGCAUUUAUUUUCAUGGGCACAGCUUUUGCAGUGUAUGGAACCUAUUCAUCCUUGGCAAAGAUCUUUUCAGAAUUGGCUUAGCUUUUUCUUUAUUUUUCAUGUGAAGAUAUUUUUAUAAGAUGCAUAUUUCGCACCCUGAUAAAUUUUUCAAGUUACCCUUGGCCGAUGAUAAACAGCA